AUGGCUGCCAGUUUUGCUAAGGAGCGGAAAUACAAUGCUGAAUACAUUAACUACGGAUUUACAUCAAUCCUCGCUGAUGGCAUCGAGAAACUUCAGUUUGUGUUGUGCUUCAAACUGCUGGGGUACGAUUCCAUGAGGCCUAGAAAGCUGAAGCAUCAUCUGACGACAAUCCACCCCCAGUUUGCGAAGAGAGAUCCGAAUUUCUUCAAGCGCCAUAAACGGAGUUUGGGGAAACAGAGACUGGAUGAGAGUGGUGCCUUCCAACAACAGAACUUAAGUGUAGUUGAGGCAUCAUAUGAGAUUACCGUUGAAAUAGCAAAGAAGAAGAAGGCCCAGACGAUUGGUGUAACUUUACUUAAGCCGUGCGCUUUAAAGAUGGUCAAGCGGGUUCUUGGAGAGAUAAGUGAAUGUAAGAUUCAGCAGAUUUCCUUGUCAGUCGACACGGUGAAACGGAGAAUUAGUGAAAUGUCAGGUGAUAUCAUGGAACAAGUGAUACAGGAGAUUAAAUCGUCCUCAACUAGUAUGUUUGCAAUACAAUUGAAUGAGUCAACGGAUAAAAUCUGUGGAGGCAUGGAUUUAGAGCAUGAAACCCUCCUCUUUUACUCCAAAGUGCGAUGGCUUUCCAUGGGUAAUGUUGUGAAUCGGGUGUUCGAAAUUCGGGGAGAAUAUAAGUUGUUCUUGGAAAUGAAAGGGAUGGAUGAUCUAUUAAGUCAUUUCAACGAGGUGGUGUGGGAGCCACGUCUUGCGUACCUGGCAGACAUAUUUGAGCAGCUAAAUAGGCUGAAUCUCAAGCUACAAGGAAAGAAAGGAAAUGUGUUUCACCACAUGGAUUGUAUUCGUUCAUUUCUUGACAAACUCCAAAACUGGCAAAAGAAAGUCAGUGCAGGAAAUGUUGCCAUGUUUGAGAAUAUCUCAGUUGUUCUUUACGAGAUUGAAGAGGAUCAUCUACUUGACCCAUCACACAAAAAUGAAAUAAUUCACCAUUUGAAAUCCUUGGAAAGUGAGCUCAAAAGGUUCUUCCAGAAUUCGAGGAGGAAGAAAGGAAAUUGGUGA